UGUAAUAGUUACAGACACUAUAUCAGAUGGCAGCAGUCAAGCAGGUGAAGUAAUUCCAGAAAACAACUGUGGAAUAUUUUCUACCUAUAUUCCUUUAUCAUUUGGUACACAUACUGCAAAUGACUUUGCAGCAAUGCACAGAAAACUUAGUAUACCAGAACCUGCAAACUCCCUCUCAUCACCACCUAUAAAACAUCGUCCAAGUGUAUCCAUCAACACAGAUGAGUUACCUAAGUACCAUCGAGUUUCAGUCAAUGACUCAUGCAUGCAAGGCAAUAACACUUCUAAGAUUUACCCUAGGCAUGCACUUAGUGUCCCAAACAUCCCCAGCUCUACCAGAAACCGUACCUCAACUCGUAAUGCUAUCUCUGCACCAAACAUGAGUUCUAAGAAGUCAUCACAGAAGAGAUGCAAGUUUGCAACUGAAAAGCAGCCUUUUAAUGCUAAAAAUAGGCAGCAGAGACAGAGGUAUGUGACCAAAGAUGGAAAGUGUCGUGUGAAUCUAGGACACAUUGAGGAUAAAAAACGGUUCAUUUCUGAUAUCUUUACUACUAUGGUAGAUCUGAAAUAUCGCUGGUUUCUGUUUGUGUUCAUGAUGUGUUAUAUUGUGACAUGGGUUAUCUUUGGAGGCAUUUAUUAUUUAGAUGCAUGGCUAAGGGAUGACAUUAACCAUGUAGAAGACCCUGAAUGGAAACCUUGCUUUAUAAAUGUAGAUGACUUCACAUCUGCCUUACUCUUCUCUUUAGAAAGCCAAAGAACAAUUGGCUAUGGAUCUAGACUAGUGACAGCCUACUGUAGUGAGGGAGUUAUUUUACUUAUGAUACAGUCUAUAAUUGGAUCUGUGAUUGAUGCAUUAAUGGUGGGUUGUAUGUUUGUCAAGAUUUCCAGACCGAAAAAGAGAGCACAGACUCUUAUAUUCAGUAAAAACUGCGUCAUUUCUCACAGGGAUGAAAAACUCUGUCUGAUGUUCAGGAUUGGAGACUUGAGGGACAGUCAUAUGGUGGAUGCAAAGAUAAGAGCCAAGCUGAUUAAGUCAAGGCAGACAAAGGAAGGAGAAUUUAUUCCUUUGGAGCAAUCAGAAAUUAAUCUUGGUUAUGACAAUGGAGAAGACAGACUAUUUCUUGUGGAGCCUCAGAUCAUUUGCCAUGUUAUAAAUGAGCACAGUCCCUUCUGGGAGAUGACUCCAGAGUCUCUAAAGAGGGAACAGUUUGAAAUAAUUGUUAUACUGGAAGGCAUUGUUGAAGCUACAGGUUAG